AUAACAAAUAAUUUGAGCAAUGAGUAGGUGGGUCACAAUACCCAUCUUUCUCUUCCUCUUCCUGGAUUGGGUCAAGGCCAACAGCUGCGAAGAGAGCGGCUUCACUUCCGGUCUUUUGUGCUCCUCUUGCGAUAAGCUCGCCGACAACAAUCUCGACCUUCUCGAAGGAUCGUGCCACGCUUGCUGUGAGAAGGAUCAGGUAGAAGAUGCUGUGGUCAAGUACUCUUCUGCUCUCCUCAAGGUCUGCGGAUGAAAAUUAGGUCGUUUCCCUCAAAUUAAGGCAUUUGUAACAGAAGAAAAGAAAGAACACAAGUACGCGAACCUAGUUAUCGAGUACGCGCGCGGAGCGUCCCCCACCCUGAUCCUCAAAGAUGGGGAGGGAGAGGAUGUGGAGUCCCUGUCUAUUGACAAGUGGGAUACGGACACCAUCAGAGAGUAUCUCACUGAACAUCUCCAAGCUUAGACGAGUGAAGGACUGUGUCACGUGUGUGGCAGAUUGGCGUGACGACCGAGUCGUGUGACGUCACCACCGAGUCGUGUGCCGUCACCACCGAGUCGUGUGACGUCGCGUGAGUUAUAGAUUGAAGCUCUCAAGGCCAACUAGAUUUUCUUUAUGAUGGCUUUUGCCGGUGUAAAUUGAUUGAUGAUGAUGAUAAACUAUAAAUUUGUUAUAAAAUUUAAUGGGUUUUUAAAAAUUUAUUUUUCGUAGUAAAUUUAUAUUACUGUACUAGUUCAGUUGCAUUUCUAUUUUGAUGACUUAAUGACAGAUCGUGUGCAUUUUAUUACGCACUUAAAUACAUUCAAGUUUAACCAACCUUUAUAAUGUUUGGGAUAUCUUACAUUCUUUUUUAGACUUCCAUUUUAGGAAUUCUGAUGAACAGGUUCUAAUUAAAUGCCUUUGAGGGAAGGCAGAAAGAGUUUGACCAACUCAGAACUUCAGCAUUUUAGAAUUUGACCUUUUCUAGAAUGCUGCUUCAGCUGUGUAUGACAACGAUUAGUGAAACUGUUUCAGAGCUAUUGGUUUGAUAGCAGCUGUUGUUAAAACUCAUCAUUAUUACUUUUUAAAAGUCUGAAAGAGUGUUUUGGUUUUAUGGUUUUGAA